AUGGAGGGCGCCUGGAACUACAAGACAAAUAGCUCCAACGUCUUCUCCGAGCAGCAAAUUUUGGAUUGCGAGAUCGGCCCGAAGGCCUGCGACGGCGGUUUCAUGUACAAGGCCGUCGAGUUCCCCGAGAAGGACUACAAAUACGGUCUGUGGUCCAAGGGCGCGUGCAAGUACGACGCUUCGAAGGCCGUCGGCCACUUCUCGGGCUACGAAAACGUCAGCCACGGCGACGAGACCGCGCUCCAGGCCGCGGCCUACGCGCAGCCCGUCGUCUCCGUGGGCAUCGACGCGUCGAGCGUUUUCUUUCAGCUCUACUUCCGCGGCGUCUACGAUCACAAGGGCUGCAAGAACGGCGCGUCGGACAUCGACCACGGCGUCGCCGUCGUCGGCUACGGCUCCGAGGGCUCGAAGGACUACUGGAUCGUGCGGAAUUCCUGGGGAGCCUUAUGGGGCGACAAGGGCUACGUCAAGAUGGCGCGCAACAAGGACAACCAGUGCGGCAUCGCCACGAUGGCGUGCUACGCCGUCCUCUAG